AUGCUCAUCUCGGCCGCCUCCGUGGCCCCUGGGAUGGCUGGGCCAUGCCGCCUGGGGCCCCCCGGACCUCCACCACCUCUGUUGCCCAAGCCGGGAAAAGACAACCUGCGCCUGCAGAAGCUGCUGAGGAAGGCGGCCCGGAAGAGGAUGGGCGGGGGCGGGCCCACCGCCCCACCCGGGGCUUUCCGCACCUCCCUGUCUCCCGUGAGUGAGGCCAGCCACGACCAGGAGGCCCCGAGUCCGCGUCCCACAGAGGCCCCGCGUCCCACGGAGGCUGUGGCUGCCACGCCCCGUUGUCCCCCGACACCUGUCAUCAUCCACCACGUGGCCUCCCCCACGCAGAGGUCCACGUUCUCCUUCAGCCUCGCCCAGCGCAGGAGCCUGGCUUCCCACUUCAGGGCCACGGGCCCCCAGCUCGCAGCCCCAGCCCCGGAGCUCGCCCGGUGCCCCAGUGGCUUCGCCCAGGUCUCGGCCCCUGCAGCGAGGGGCCGCCAUGUCAGCCAAGCGCACGUCCGGCUGGCGCCAUCCCCACAGGCCAGGACCCCCGAGCCCCCCCUGGCAGCCCCACAGGGUCAGCACACUGCCCCCUGCCCUCCCGGGGCUCAGCCCCUGAUCCCUGUGGCCCACAUCCGCCCACUGCCCACUGCGACGCGGGUGGCCAGCCCCCGGCCUGCGGUGUCCCCAGUGCCCAGGCCUCCCCACAACCUGCAGGCCUCGGUGCCCAGGGAGGCUGGCACCCGGGUGGUAGUGCCCAUCGCCCCCACCUACCGCUCGCCAGGGCCCUCACCUUUCAGGCCAGCCUCUGGGACCCUUGAAGCUGGGCGCCUGGAGGAGCCCCCCGCGGCUGGCCCUGCUGAGGCCGAGAGAGUUUCCAGCCCCCGCGGGGCCUCGCCCCCUGCCCCGCCGGCAGGCCCCCACCCCUGCCUGGCCCCCAGAGCCGCAGCCAGGCCCCAGCUCAGCGGCUGGACGCGCCUGAAGCAGCAGCUGCUGGAGGAACCGGAGGAGCUCCAGUUCCCGGGGCCGGAGCCCAGCCCGGGGCAGGUGGGCCAGGGCGGGAGCGCCCUCGCCGGCCCGGCGCCCCGGCCCCCUGCCUCCCGGGCCUCCAAGAUGUGGGAUGCGGUGCUCUACCGCAUGUCUGUGGCCGCGUCCCGCGGCAGCCAGGCGGGGCCCGGAGCCGGGGCGCCCACCCUGGCCGGCCUCAGUCGCCUGCCUUUCCUUUAUCGGCCUCGCUUCAACGCCCGGAAGCUGCAGGAGGUGGCCGCCCGACCCCCUCCCGUGACCUCCCCGGUCCUGGUCCUGAACCCCCAGCCCAAGAACUUCAACCGGACGGCGGCUGGCUGGGGGCUCCACUGA